GGGGUUCGACCGAACCCAGGUUAAGAACCACUGGAAUAGAAUCUUUAUUUACAUAUAAAUUAUUCAUACUCAUCACUUAUGAGUAAAUACUUAUUUACUCAUACUUCACUAAGCAUAAAGACAAGCAGACAAACCACUUUUUACCUGAAAUGCUGCAGAACUUCAGCUGUUUUUUGGACUCUUAUUAGUUUUCAUGACUCAUUGUUAUUUUAUGGUUAACUGUCAUGAUGUGAGGUUUAGUGUGAACCUAAACGCAGUAGGCAGACAGAAUGAGUUGAUGAUUUAAUAAAUGAAAAAACAACUUAUAAAAAUACAGGGACAAAAUGCAAACAAGCUUUAGGAGCAGAAGAGAAGAGAGCUGACAUGACUGACAAGACAAAGCGGUGAGACAGAGAGGCUUCAGUACUGGGGAAGGUAACGAGCAAAACCAGGCGCUGAACUGAUGAACAUAAUGGAUGCAAGAGAGAGCAGCUGAUCCGGAGGCAGCAGAGGGUAGAGAGAAGAGCUGGGAGGGAGAAGACAAGAAAACACUAAGAACAAAGAAAACUAUUGGCAAGACAUGAGAGGAAACUAUAAAAGAAACAAGGCUGAUCUAAAACUAACAGGAACUCAGGACCAGAGCUGUGGUUCUGGAGACCGGUCUUGGUUUUGGACCAUUUCUCGAUGCUCUCGGUUUCGUCUCGGUCUCAGGCGCCGACACUGAAGAAUAACUAGACCUGGAGUAAAAAUAAGAAAUGAACAGAACUAGAACUACAAAGGGCUGAAAUAAAAUAAAAUAAAAACAAGACAAAUCUAACAAAAAUAAACAAUAUUAAUGAAACUAAUAUGACCAACAAGGGUUAAACUAAAGUGAACUAGAAAUUAAAACUAAGACUAAAGAACAGAAAUAAACAGUAACACUCUACAGCUACUGGCAAAACUGAUUAAAUAUUUUUUAUUUUUACCUAAAAUUGGGCUAAAAUCAUAAAUGGUCUGUAAUUUUAUAGAGCUUCAUCCAGUCCAGAGUAACUCAGAGCUUCACUCUAUAGCAGCUCUGAACUGUUGGUUCAAUGGUUUCUAACCACAGCUGUGACAGAGGAGAACAGCAACACACUGCUUUCACCACAAACCCACCAGAUACACUUCAUUCACUCACCUGUAUGGAAAGUUUCAUUAUUUCAUGUAACUGAAGAUGUUGCAUGGACACAUGAAUAUGAAGAUGUUUGUUUCAGCUCAGUGAUACAGUUGGAGUUCAGAACGGUUGAAGACAAUGCAGCUCCUGACCUGAAAUGAUCAGAUUUCUAUUAGAAAUAUCAUUUUAUUAUUUACUGCUGGACUGAUUACAGUUACAUCUUAUUGGUAGAAACUGAGGAGGAGAUAAAUGUAUUCACUAAAGGUUAUUCGUUUUGCUCACUCCUCACAUGGACUCAUCUUUGGUUGCAGCAAAGAAUGAAAUGUUUUAGAUCUUUUGUUUUUUGGGCGCUGCGUUGUAGAGGGCGGAGACGUUUCCUUCAGUCAGGCUUCACCCAGUUAUAUUUUACAUGUGUAAAAUAAAAACACUUGGAAAGUAUAACUCCACAAGAUCCUCAAAGUAAACUGUGCAAUUCAAUAUCAGAAUCAAUUUACUAGUUACAUAAUGACCAGCCUCAUAAAGACGUGUUCAUAUAUUCCUAAUAAUGCCCAUAAAAAUAUGUUCCCUGUGUUUUAACAUCAUUGUAGUUUUGAUCUUUCUGCUGUGCUUCACAACAAAACAAGUCUCUCCAGUUGAUCUGACUGUGAGUCCCAGCAGAUCUCAGUUCUUUAGAGGAGAAUCAGUGACUCUGAUCUGUGAGGAUGAAAACGGACCUGAUGGAUGGACUGUGAGGAGAAACACAACCAGAGGAAACAGGACGCGAUGUGAAGUAUGGGGGAAAUUAAAUGGUUCUACCUGUAACAUGAACUACAUGCACCCAUCAGAUACUGGUCUGUACUGGUGUGAGUCCAUGUCUGGAUCCUCCAGCAGCAGCAGCAGCAUCCAGCUCUCUGUCUCUGGUGGAUCAGUGAUCCUGCAGAGUCCUGUCCUCCCUGUGAUGGAGGGAGAUGACGUCACUCUGAGCUGCAGAGCAAAGAAUCCAACCCACAACCUCCCAGCUGCUUUCUAUAAAGAUGGCUCCUUCAUUGGUGAUGGACCAUCAGGUCACAUGACCCUCCUCCAUGUUUCCAGCUCUGAUGAAGGCCUCUAUAAAUGUAAUGUCAAAGGUCAUGGAGAGUCUCCAUCCAGCAGGAUCUCUGUUGAAGAGAGAAUCUCCUCCACUCCUCCUUCAUCCUCCACUCCUCCAUCAUCCUCCACUCCUCCUCCUCCUCCUCCUUCAUCUCUUCCCACCAUCUCAGUCGUUGUUUCCAUUUCUAUCUUUCUGGUUUUGCUCUCAUUAAUUCUUCUGGUUCUUCUGGUGAGACGAUGUUUCUGCAGGGAACCUGAAGAUGAAGCAAAAGAUGAAAAGGAAAUCACCUACAGUGAACUGAAAACCUUCAGAAAUCAGCAGCAGCCAAUCAGAAGCAGCCGAGAUCCAGCUCUGGUUUACUCUGCAGUGAGAACUGGAGACAUUGAAUAUGGACAGAUAAACAUCAGAGAAACUGGAAACCAUCAGAGGAGCAGAGAGAUGGAUCCGGGUCCAGUUUACUCUGCAGUGAGGACAGCAGGCAUCAGACCCAACAGAACCAGAGAACCAGAACCAGAACCAGACGUGGUUUACUCUGCAGUCAGACCGGCUGAUGGUCCAUAACGGAUCAUCAACAUCACGUCUGUUUGCUCUGUCAAGUAUUUCUAUAAGAGAGGAAUAUUAAUGUAUUAUUAUUAUUAAACAUAUUGUAACUUUAUAGUAAUUUCAUAAACAAACAGCUAAGAGACAAAAAACAUUUAAAUUUGAUUUGACAUGUUUUAUUUUCUUAUGGUUCAUAAAUAUAAUUACUAAUAAAACUGAAAGAUUGAG